UAUGGCGGUAAACUGUAGAUAAAGGUUUAGAUUGUUUUGAUUCGAAUAUAACAUUGAAAAUCUCGAAGAUCCACUGUUUCGAAAAAUAUAUUACAAUGGUCACAUUAUUUGUGAAUGUGCCGUCGUGAGAAAAAAAAUCGUACCGUGUUCGGGUGCGCGUUGUGUCAAUAAUCGUUUUAUUUUUGUGUGUUUAAUUCUUAUUGUGAGAUAUUUUGCUAAUGUGCUCGCAGGUGAUAUGUGAUCGUAGACUCUCCGAUAGAUAUGUCUACCUAUGAUCAAGUUACAUGCCCGGGCGUGAGUAAUACAACCGAUGUAUCGAGCGAGGAGGCGAACAAAGUUGCUAAUGACGAAAUUCGUGAGAAAAAGGAAAAAAAAUCGGACAGAAGAGUAUGUUUCCCCGAUGAUCACCUAGUCACGCAGUACUUCGAGCCUGCGAACCCUUGGCUAGACGUGCCGUCGACGACGCGAGUGCAGCUGAUAGCAGAGUACCUGGAGGCAUGCAAGCGACACCGUACUCACCCCAUAGACUCCGUGUUGCUGCAGCUCAAGGAGCUGCCAGAGAACACGAUAGGAGGAUGCGUCCGCGCGGCGCGGCUGCAGCUGUCGUGCUGCUCGCUGCUGGGCACGGCGCCGGCGGACGCGCUGGAGGCGGUGCUGCGCAGGGUGCAGUUCCGCCGCCUGGAGUUCGACCACACCGACAUCGACGACGAUGGCGCGGAGGCGCUGUUCGACAUAGUGGAAUACUACGAGAGUGCGUGCGCGCUGAGCAUCGCCGGCGAGCGACAGUUCGGCGUGCGCGGCUGGCAGGCCGCAGCGCGAAUGAUCAAAAACAGUGCUGAGCUAACUGAGCUGGAGGUGUGCGAGGGCGGCGUAGAGGGCGCGCACGCGACGGUGCUGGCGCGCGCGCUCAAGCCGGUCGGGUGCCGCCUGCGCGUGCUGUGUCUGCAACGCGCCGCGCUACAGGGCGAGCCGCUGAUGUGUCUCGUGAAGGUGCUAAAGACGAAUACCUCAAUUCGUGAACUGCGUCUGUGCGACAACGGGCUGCUGCCGUCCGACGCGUACCAGAUCGCCAACCUGCUCAAGUACAACAGCAGGAUACAGCUGCUGGACCUGUCCAAUAAUGCUAUACAGGAUGCGGGCUUGGGCUACCUGGCGGAAACGAUAUACGAGGACGCGGCCUCCUCGCCACCCACGUCCGAACCGCUGGAUUACGGCUUCGAGUCCCGCGGGCUGGCGUUUCUGGUGCUGUGGAACAAUUAUCUCACAAAGGACUGUUACGUGUACUUAGCUAAAAUUAUGCAAUCCCCAAGUCUGCGCGUACUGAACGUUGGUCGCAACGCGCUGGGCUGCGAGUGCGUGCGCGCGCUGCGGCUGGGGCAGGCGGCGCACGCGCUCGUCAUGCUCGGCCUGCAGGCGGCGCGCCUCGGGCCCACCGCCGCCGCCGCCAUCGCUGAUCUCAUCCGCGCCGACACCCGCCUGCAGCGGCUGGACCUGCGCGACAACCGGCUGGGCGCGGGCGGGCUUCAGGCGAUCCUGGCGGCGAUGCGCGACAACACCACGCUCACGCAGAUCGAUCUUGACGACCCGCCACAGGACACACGCACCGGUGCGGGCGUGUGCGCUGCGACGUGCACGGAGGCGGCGAGCGUGGCGCGCGCGGUGGCGGACAUCCGCGCGCUGUGCCGUCGCAACGAGCCGCGCGCACAUCCACCCGACAGACUAAUGCGCAAGAUCUCCCUCACCUGCCAUCCACCGCAUCCCCCGCCGACGCACCACAAGACGUUAUCUGGCGAGGAGGAGCGUCGUGGGCGUCUGCGGUCCCCCGCCCCGUCGCCCGCGCCCUCCCCCGCCGGCAGCCCCACACCGCACGGCACGUCGCGAUUCUCCGUGACCCGAGUGACGCCCGACCGAGACUCGUCGGACAGCUCAAACCCUUCAACACCCACGCGGCCCUACGCCAGCCCUUCACCCUCCAGAUUCAAAGUUAUACAGGUAGUAGAGCCGCACCCCCCGCCUCCGCCGUCCCCGAAAAAGGGUUCCCGAUUCUCAGUAACGAGAAAUUACGAUACCGUUUACAAUCCGUCUCCUUCACCACCUUCCACGAAAUCCGAUGUUAAGACGGUCAAAAUAGAAGCUGGUGUACCCACAGAUACUGGGACAGAUAAACACAAACCCAAAGAAAAUAAAGCGAGCAAUACGGAGAUGCACAAAGAGAGAACGCAGCUAGGUAAUAUUACAAAUAUAGUCAAACCAAAAAUCAUCGUUAGGUCAGAAGACGAUUCUAACGACGAAUCAGAAAAAUCUAUCGAUAUAGAAGAAACUACCCCAAGUGAUAAACGAAUAGAAACAAAUAAACAUGUAAAUAUAGCUACUAAACAAUUAGAAGAAUUAGACGUAACGAAUUCAAAAACCAAACACGAAGACGACUUUGGUAUCGAGAAAUAUACCGACCGAGUUGUCGUGCAGGAGUGCGACAUAGAUCCGAAUAUUAUAAUUGGCUUCGAUCUUAACCCACAAAACGUGAAAGCCAAGCCCGCAAACGAAACUGUGAUAAGCGCUAGGUAUCCCGAAACGGAUAGUAUUAGUAAUAAUGUGAUAUUACAAAGUGAACCUAUAAUAGAAUUUGAAGUUAGGCCCCAAAUUACGGUCGAUUUGACUCGGCUCAAAGAUUUUAUGUCAGAUAAAGAUAUCAAAAGUGAUGCUAAACAUACGGCCACUGUACAUAGUGAGAAAGCUGAUUCAGCGAACGUAACGGUCGUAGAUAAAGACCGCGAAGAUACUAAACUCAGUGAGUCUAAUAUAAGUGAUAGUAGAAACAGUGUAACUGUGCCUAGUGGUGUUAUAAACUUAAUAGAUGUAAAAACUGACGCAUAUAGUGAUAAAACGGAGCGGUUGUCUCAUAAUGAGACCGUAGACUUUGUGGACGACGACAGAAGAGUCAAGUCCGAAAUUAAGCUAGUUAAAAGUAGUGUAUCGGUGAGUGAAACGGAAAAAGUCGAAACUCAAGUAGAAGUUGUCGUUAAAAGUGAAGCGAACAGUUUGAAAACCAAAGAACAGUCUGACCAAAUCGUAUCUAACGAGAGUAUAGAUAGGGUCAUAGUUAGGAACGAGAAGGGCGACGUAGCGAUGAAACAGAUAGAGGCGAUCACCGAAGACCUCGGCCACCUCAUACAGCAGAUGCACGACCUGUCCACCAAGACGCGCAUGAAGCACGCUACAGACUUAGGUGUAGGCUUAGAUAUAAACAUUGUACCUGGUAAUCGAGAUAACGUAGUUUUAAAGAAAAAUAAGAGCGAAUCGAGUUUAGACAGUCCGGAUCUAGAGGUUUCUAGGUUGAUGAGGAAGCCAGUGAGUGCCUUUUGCGAUAGCAGCUCGUCGUUGGAGAUCUCCGGAAGCUCUGUGGAGAGUCUCAACAUGAUAGAGAGUAGAGUUCCGAAACCCAUCAAGGAAAUCGAGCCGCGAGGGACGAUCUUCUCCACCGAGAGUAGCAUGGAGUCCACCAGUGACGUCACUCCAGUGAACUUGAACACGUCCGUCAGUUCCAACGAAAGCGUAUCGCCCAUCAUAUUCGGCGGCACGAAGAAAAUACACGGCUCUCUGUCCAGUCUGGAGGCUAGUGUCAGCUCGCUCGAUUCGGCCCGACAAGAAAAGGUUAUGGUCACAUCCGCCGACUCCGGAAUAGAGUACUCGCUGCAGCAUCCGUCGGAGAUGAGGGAGGACAGCUCGUCCAACGAGGGUACGCUGACGUACAGCUCCAGCGGUAAGGAGCCCAUCAAAAAGGAGCACCAAGAUACUCUCACGUCACCGAAGAGAACGUCGAGUUUGCUGGACGUCCCCGCCUUGAAGUCCAAGGGCCUGGACCGAAUGAGAAAGAUAUCUUGGGUCGCUCCGUCCGCUAGCUUCCAUAUACCCAAACCUGAGGAAAAAGUGGAGAUAAAGCAGCAGACGAACUUAGAAAAACUGCUAAGUUUGUUCCAGCACCCGAGCAGCCUGUUCUCCCGGAGCGGCAGCGACGACGAGAAGAAGUCGACGUCGAGUACGCCACCCCGAAAGGACUCCUCGUUGACGAGCUCGUUCUGGUCGUGGGGCGCCGCCGUCGAGAGAGUUGAGCGCGACGACAAGGACACCGACAGCCUGUCGGAGGCGACGGACUCCACGCUGUCGGAGCGCGUGCAGGUCUCCUUCGUCGACGAGUCGUUCUCGAGAAAGCUGGACAGCAAGACGCCCUCCACCGACACCGACAACACGCUGAGCGAGUUCCAGACGUUCCCGAACUCGACCGAGAGUGUCAAAGUUACCGAUUCAACCACCGAUGAAAAUUUAGUACAAAACAAUUUAGCUUUAAGCGAUAGAAGCGCGGACGCCGGCUCGGCCGGGCCGACGGCGUGUGAUAAUAUAGAUCUCAUUGAGCCCAACGACUUGAAUAGGAACGUGCGGAGGAUGGCCUCCGGCGACGCCGACGCCGACGAGGCGGCCGCCCCGCCCCCGCCGCCCGAUCCGGACGACGACAAAUCGGACAAAGUUGUGGACAUUCGACCGCGGACGUUCGCGGCCGUUCUCAAAGCGUCCGGCUCGCAGAACUCGCAGGAGAAGCAGAGCGCGGACGCCGGCCAGCCCGUCGACAAGCUCCCCCCCAGGGUCAUCAUGGGCAUCAAGGAGAACAUUAGCCCCGAGAACACGUUGACCGCGUCGAUGACCGCCGCGCUGGAGAAGGAGCUGAGCGGGAGGCCGAGCAGGAGCAGGCAGCCGGAUGACGUCGGCCGGGACCUGGGCGACCCGGGGGCCGGCCCCGGCGACGUCGAGAUGCAGGCUGACCGGGCGCCGAUAGCCCGCAUCGACGAGAUGAGCGACGUCGCGGCCGACGAGUGCGUGCAGCUAGCUUUCAUUGACGACGCUCACGACGACUGCCGACGAGUCGAGGAGGAGGAGCUGGAGCAGAUCGACGUGGCGAGGGACGCCCUGUCGUACUUGGCGUACGAGAAGAGGGGCGCCGAGGAGCCACAGGCCCUGGCGGAGGAGCUCCGGGAGGCCGAGAUCAAGGAGCUGCUGGACCUGUCCCCCGAGCUGGUCGUCGACGAGGCGAUCGAGAUCCCCGAGGUGUUCGCCGUCGAGAUGCCGGGCCUCAGAAACUCUCCCGUCAUCCCCGAGCGGGCCAAGAUCAAGAGGGCCAACUCGCUCGAGGACCUGUCCAAGCUGCCGCCCCUGGCGGAGAAGAGCGGCCCGAAGACUAAGACCAUCGCCUUCGAGGUCCCCGAGAGCACGACGCCGCGCGACAUCCCGGAGACGAGGCGGAAGCUGCGGACGCGGAGCGGCUCCAGCCCUAAGUCGCUGCCGGAGAGCCUGAACAAGCCCUGUCCCCUGACGAAGAUGGACUCUCUCAAGAGGAAGAAGAAGGUCUCCUCGCUUGGCAAGAUGGCGCGGGACUCGCUGCUGGCGCUGAACAUGAGCGAGGAGGAGAUCGCAGAGUUUCGGCGCUCGUACAAGCUCACGUCCGUGGAGAGCCUCCGCUCGCUGGAGUCCGUGUCGGAGGACGCCAACUCGCAGAGCGGCACGUCGGUGGACUCCCGCUGCCGGGCGUGCUUGCGCACCUCGCAGGAGUCCCUCAUGUCUCUGGACUCCAUCACCGAGGACUGCCGCUGCCUCGACGACUGCGAGAAGCGCGGCCACAGAUAAGGCGAGACGAGUUAGUUUUUUUUUUCGGGAACGCUUCGUGUGGCACGGGUAUUGGACGAGCUCCCGCUCGUCCGCACUUGUACAUUUUUUGUAGUAUUAUGUUAAAAAAGAAUAUUUUUUAUUUAUGGUGAAUUUAUUGUAAAAAAUAAUGUACAGGUUUUAAAUGCCAGUUGAUGUUUUAUAUACAGGCUAAUAUAAGAUUUUGCGUCUUUAACGCUUUUUACGGACGUGGCCUUAGUAGCUGGGCGCGUUGUGGCUUCUUGUAAAAAGAUCAUGUUAUACAUCAAAUUGAUGUAUUUUUUUCUCUUGUAAAUGUAAUGUAGAGUAAAAAUAUAGUAUCCAAUGUGAAUCCUCAGUAUGAAACCACAGAUUAAAAAUAUUAUGUACUUACAGGAUAGCGGUGUAGAUAUGUAUAAGAAGUUGUGCUUAAUUGGUUAUUACGGAGUCUGACAAUAUUAAGAAUUAAUAUGGGGUUGGAGUAGAAUAUCUUGCAAAACAGAUUUUAGCCUAGAUGCCAUCGCUAAUAGAAACGAAGCAAUGAAAAAAAAAACCUAUAAAUUUUGACAUAAGCAAGCGACAAAAGUACGCUACAUUUUCGUUUUAGAACUUCGUGAGUUGUAUUGAGAUUAACUAGUGAGUUAUUCGUUGUACCUAUGAGCGAUAGCGACUUCGCUAAAGGAUUAAAAAAAUUGAGAAACUUUCUUUUGUAUAGGUGUAUAAACAUGUCUGUCGUUAUCAUAGGUUUUGUAAUUUUUUAUAAACAAAUAUGUAAGUGUGCAAAGGUUAAUUUUUAAAUGGCCCUGAUGUGUCUUUUGUAAAUUAAGGCCAAUAUUUCUGUUUCAAAUUUUGUAACUUGCCAGAUGUAAUUUUCAUUCUAACAUUCAAUACUAAUUAGUUAGAAAGGAUACUAUUCUCGCCUCUUUGAGUUAUCUUACUGUUUUUCAGAGUUCGGUAUAAGCUAGAAAGAGUCGAAGCAACUUUUAGCCAUCAAAUUAAAGAUUAUGUAAAGAAAAAAAAAGAUUGUAACUCUGAGUAAGUAUAGACACUACUCACUAGAGGAAAAUUUGUUUGUGUCCUCAGAUAGUUUGAAGUCCAACGUUUUACGACGGCUUAACUUGUGUCUUGUAUUACUUCCAUAUUUCAUACUUCUUCCAUGGCUUGCAUGAUCGUUUCAACUCUUUCUAACGUUAUCAACUCUAUGAUUGCAAUUUGUUCUCUAUGGAUUUAAGAACGUCAGGCUCCGUAAAAUAUAUCCAAAACGUCAUAGAUACACAAUAUAACUUAACUUUAUAACCUGGGGCUUAGACAAAAGUGCAAUAUCGAAGCGAUAACGAAGUUCAAGAUAUGACAACGAAAUUCGUCAACAUCUUUUUCUUUUCGAACUUCGUUAUCGUUUACAUCAUAUUUUGUAUACCCCUGUAAUGCCCUGUAUAAACAUUGAAUAUGUGUUGGGUAACAGAAUCACACGCUUUGUCUCUUUCUUACAUUAUGUCGAGCGAGCGAUAGAGACAAAAUACGUGAGUUAUCUGACAGAUUAGGCAAUUAGAAGCCACUAUUGAUAUUACAUCCCAACUUUUAUUGAAAUCUUGACCAAGGAAAAAAUCUUAUCUUUGAGGGUAGUUUGAAGACUACACGGAUGGUUUUGCGUGUUGACAUUGUCAUGGGAGCGAUGAUGCUAAAUAGCUGAUUGUCAAAAUGACGCCAGCAAUAAUCCAUAAUGCGGCCACAUUCAAAACGAUUGUGUGACGUUAACCGCAGAGUGUGGAUGUGUAAUAAGUCUCUUAUGUGACACUUAUCAAAGUAUCACUUGUUUAAUAUAGAUACUGACUUUUACCACGUGCUAUAGUUUGUGCGGUUUAUGAUGAUAUGCGUGACACAUUAUAAUUGACAAUAGUAGGGAAG